GGCGGUUCGCGGGCUCCCGGUGCAGCGUCACAGGCCGACCAUUCUCUAGAUUAAUCAGUCUUUACGCCCACCACCAUGAGAAAGGGCAGCCCACAAGUGCUGCCAUGGAAAAGACAUCUUGGAUCUCUGGCUGAGGGUCAAAGCUGCCCCGUGUCCAAUCUGACAACACAAUCACCUUCCCCAGUCAACAGGUCCAGUACUUCAGGUGCGGGCAGCCCUAACCGUGCCAGGGAUGUCAGUGAUGGGAGUGAAAAUGAAGCUAUCAUUGCGCAUCCCACAGAGGGAGGUGGAAUCAGCAGAAGCCCUGGGGUCCGGUACAUCACGGACAAUUUGAUCAGGAAGCUGUCAAGAGAGGAAAACUUUGGAUUUGUGCAGUCUCUUAACCUUUGCCUGUCAAAAGAGGGGGGCAAAAAGUUUAGGUACAUAGAAAACUUGGAAAAAUGUGAGAAGAUGCAAUUCCUAAACCUGAGCAACAAUUUGAUUGAGAAGAUAGAGAAACUGGACAAACAGGGGAAACUUUGUGAGCUCAAUCUCUCCUACAAUCUGAUCCGAAAAAUUGAAGGUCUGGAGCACAUGGUGAACCUGCGCAACCUGAAUUUGGCUGGAAAUAAUAUUGAGCAAAUUCCUGCCUGGGUUGGAAAGAAAUUACGAUCCCUUCAAGUCCUUAACCUCAAACAGAACAACAUUGCUCUGCUCCAGGAUGCCACUAAACUCAAGCAGUUGAAAGAGCUGACCUCGCUAAACCUGGCAGAGAAUCCGUUAGCCAAUUUACCCCAUUACCGCCUAUACAUCAUAUACCAUUUACGCACACUGGAACGUUUGGACGGACGGCCGGUAACCAGCCAGGAGAGACAAGAGGCUCACAAACGGUUUCAUUUAGAAGAACUGGAGAACCUCGAGAGGGAGCUGGAGAGGAAGGUGAAGGAGAUUGAGCGCCUGGAAGAGGAACAGUCCAAAUCCCUGGAAAUGAUCAGGAAGGAGCAACUGAACAAGUCACUGAAACAGGAGCACCUGCAGCAAAAAAACAGCUGCAAAGAGCUGGAGAAGGAAAUGGAGACCAAGAAUGAACUGCUAAAGCAAAAAACAGCUCAGCUUGCACUGACCUGUCAGAAGCAGUAUCAGAUGGAACAGGAAAUGGCGUUUUACAAGAUUGAUGCAAAGUUUGAACCAACACAUUACUUUCCAACUGAGAGUGUGGAAAUGGAAGAUGUGCCGAGAGAGAGCACGUAUAUCGGGAAGGCCUGGUAUAAGAGGAACCUUUACAUCCAAGAGGGCCACAUUGGUGACCAAGUACAGCCCGGGAAAGUUGGCAAGGUUCAGUUUGGGGGUAACCUGUUAGCAAAAGAAGAAGUGAGAGCACAGCUUCACCAAGCCCUGGAUGUGCAGCUGGAGGAGAAAGAAAAGAAGAUUCAGAAAGCUCAGGAACAGCUGACGGAACUGCAGCGUGAUAAAGACAACGUACAGCAGCAGGUUUUGAGGACGAUGGAGGAGUUGCAAAAGCUGGAGGAAUUAGCAGCACAGAAACGGAUUUCGGAAGCUGAGAAGGAACGUAUCCGUCAACAGCUGGGCCACAAGAUUCAGCUGCUCAACCAGCUGAGACAGGAGGCUGGAGAGUUGGAGGACCAGAUGGAGAGCCAGUGCAGGGAGAUGGACAAGAAACAGCGUGAGAUCGACGAUCUGCAGAGGAUGAUGGACUCCACAGAUCCCGAAGACCCUCGGCACGCUCAUUUGAAGGCUCAGAUAGCCAGCAAAGCCCAGCAGCUCGACGUGAUGUCCAAACAUUACAAGCAACUGGAGAAGCGACUGGAUGAAGUCCUCUCUCGUAUUGCUAAGGAAACCGAGGACAUCAAGGACCUGGAGGAGCAGCUGACAGAAGGCCAAAUAGCAGCGAACGAAGCCCUGAAACGGGACCUGGAGGGUAUUAUCGCUGGGCUGCAGGAGUAUCUGGAGAGCGUGAAGGGGCAGGCAAAGCAAGCCCGGGAGGAUUGCGGGGAGCUACAGAGAGAGAAGGAGGAGCUCUCACAUCGCCUGGCUCAGGUGGAACAAGAAAAGAACCAGCUGGAGAUUGUGGCCAUGGACGCAGAAAACCUGCGAAAGGAAAUGAAUGACCUGGAGCGCUCUUUGCAAGAACAGCAGGAACUGAAUGAUUCUCUGCGCCAAGCUCAGGGCAACCUGAGUGAAUACGAGGCUGAACUGGAAUCGCAGCUGCAGGCGAGAGACAUCGAAGCGAACCGUCUGAGAGAGGAGCUGGAGCGACUACGCAAACUCAGUCAGAUGGAACAAUCUGCUCUCCAAGCUGAGCUGGAAAAGGAGAGGCAAGCCUUAGAAAACGCUUCAGUCCAGGCUCAAGUAGCCGCUGAAAAUGAACAUGCGAACAGACAGAUAGUUGCACAACUGAAUUGCCUGCAGACUGACAACACCUUGUUGAAGGAGCAGCUUCAUGAUGUGCAGGCUCAGAUGGAUCAGAUGAAUAAGACAAUGAUUCGUCCCGAGGACGUGUCUGCUCGCGUCUCUGAGCUGAAAAGAAAGCUGCAGGGCGGCUUACGGGAAAUCAGACCUUACAACCAAGGAGACACUUUGGGAAGGAACCUUAACGAACUCCAGGAGCAGCUCCAUGCCAUCCUGGAUCGCUCCGAGCUGGAAAAAGCGGAAGUAUUCCGACAUCAGAGGAAGCUCGAAGGGGAAAUGGAAGCUCUGCGGAGUAAACUGAAAAAAGCUCAGGAGGAUUACAAGGCAGCUUGUGAGAGAGCUGCAGAGGCACAGAUGGAAUCCGAGAAGGGACUGAACGAGGCUAAAGCACAGCGAUUGCAGAGUGAGGCACUGGAGCUACAGCAACAGCUGAGGAACAUGCAGAAACUGCAGAUCCUGAUGGACCAAAAGCUGCAGGAGGCCGACGAGGACCGAGAGAAGCUAUUAGCUGAACUGGAAGACAAGGAAAAUAAGAGUAAGAUGGAAGAAGCCAGAACGCACCAGCAGCUGCUCAGUCUUGACAGAGAGUUGAACGACUUGAAGACCACCGUCUCGGCUGCUGAUCACACGGCCGCCCGCCAUCUCUCCGCUACCAAAGACCAGCUGGCGGCUCUGCAAGGAACCGUCCGGAAGCUCAACCGCAACCGAGCGCAGGAAAUGCUGGCGGUGGAGAGGUUCCGGGCUGAGGCUGCACGUGCUGCUCGGGACCUGGUGAAAGCAGAGGCUGAAAUCGAUCUACUGCAGAAUCUCGUGAAGGAGAGAGAGAGACAGAUUUCAGACGAAAUGCAGAAAUUUGACGCAGGAGAAAACGCCUCGAAUGCCCAACAGCUGGAGAUCGAUAAACUGAACCGAGCUCUGACCCGCCAGCGAGCAGAUGUGAAGCGUCUCCAGGAUCUGCUGGACCGCAUCAGAGAGGGUAACUCAGGGGAGAUCGCAGACUUAAUCGGUGAAAUCAGCGCCCUCAGGAACACUCUGGCCAAACAGAAUGAUCAUAUCACCAGCAUGACCGAUCCUUUCAACAGAAGAGGCUACUGGUACUUCGUGCCGGCACCACCAAAGCCAUCAAGCCUCCUGUCCCAGAGCAGUCACACCAGAGACUCUGGACUGGGAUCUCAGUAUCAAGUGCCACCAUCUCCGAGCCGAGGAUUGGGGUCUGGGCGAGGAGCACCUGCUGGGGGCUAUUGGGUUUACUCCCCCAUCAGACAUGCUUCACACAGGACCCAGCCCGAGAGAGGUGAUGGGGACAGGGGGAGCGAGAGUGACGACAGUGACCUGUCCAGGAGACCAUUUGUGCCGCCGGCCGGCUCGGUGAUUUACACCGUGCUCCCCGAUGGUGCUGCGGUACCUCAAGGCAGCAUGGUGUACGGACCCCCUCCCACAGCACCGGCCAACGGCAGACCUGCCUCUCCUGGUACCGUCAUCUACGGACCUCCCCCCACCGGAGCACAAGUCGUCUACGGACCCCCGCCUGCCAACUUCUCCAUGCCUUUCAUUCCCGUUGGUGUCCUGCACUGCAAUGUCCCAGAGCACCGGGACCUGGAGAGCGAGAUCUCCAGGCUGGAGGACAUAGCAGCAAACCAGAGGUGCCAGAGGCGCGAGGACGAGGAGAGGGCGGGCGAGGGCCUGGAUCAGCGACGGCAGGAGGCUGAGCAGCUUCACCACGACAUCCGCCGGCUCCACCGUGAGAGGGACCAACUGGAGCUGCACGUGCAGGAGAUCCGCGAAGAGGCUCGUCAUCGCAGCAAACGGAAAGACCGUCUGGAGGAUGACAUAGACAUGCUGAUGAAUGAAUUUGAGAUGGAAAAAUCUCUCCAGCAGCACGACGAGAUUGUUGAUGAAAUCGAAUGUGUUGAGCAAACGCUGCUGAAACGCAGAGCGGAGCUGCGUGACACGGACAGGCGACUGACAGAGGCUGAGGAGCAUCUGAAAAGUACCGGGGAUAAGACUAAAGACUUGAUCCAGCAGUACGAGGACACCAGGGAGCAUUUGAUCGAGACAGGGGACGCAGAAGAGCUGGAGAAAAGAGCACAGGAAACUGCAGUCAAGCUGGUUGAAGCUGAGCAGCAGCUCAGACUAAUGAAGUCUGAUCUGACGGAGCUUGAGAAACACAAGGCUGAACAGGAGAGCGUUCUGAGGGAAAUUAACAAAGCCGUGUUUGCAGAGAAUUCUGAGUUCCAGACAAUUUUUCAGAAAAAGGAGAGAAUGUCAGUAAGUUUAGAUGCACUGGAGCAAGAAAUGCAACAGGCAAGGAGCAGAGAGGAACAGCGUCUGAAAGAAACCGAGGAGUUGCUGCUGGACAGAGAGAGUGAACUGGAGAGGCUGAAUAACCAGGUGGCAGCCCAGCAGGAGGAGUUGGCGGUGCUGGACAGGUGUUUGGGCAGGAAACAAGAGGAGCUGCACCUUCUGCAGGAUGAUAUUAACAAGCGGAAAGCCAACCUGUCAGAGGUGCUGCGAGAUGGCGAGACCGAGGUGGCUGACAAACAGUGGCAGAUCCAGGAGGUGAAGGGCCUGCUGGAGGACCUGAGUGCACAGAAGGGGACUCUGAACGCUCAGAUCAGUGAGAAGAAAGCACACCUUUCACUCUCGAAACAGGAAAUCACGCAAACAGAAGCCAAGCUUGAGAUCAUCCUUGCACAGAUAAUCAAGCACAAGACAGAGCUGAAACACGUGCUGGAGAUGAUGGAGUUGGAAACCAGUGAGCUCCAGGGCCUGAAGCUGCAGCACGAACACAAACUGGAUGAGCUCGAGAGGACACAGGGCGAGCUGCUGAAGGAGAAGGGGAAAUUGGAAAACAUGCAGUUUGCCUCCCAGCGGCACCGCGCAGAAGCUGAACGGCAAAAGCAAGUGAUGGAGAGAGAUCAUCACGAGAGCGAGCAGCUGGCAUCCAAACUGCAGUCCCUUCGGGACAGCAUUGAAUCCCUGCAGAAGGAGAAGACACGUGUUGGGGAGAGCUGUCACCUGCUGGAUGACAGACUGUCUCAGAGCAAGAUAGCUGUGGCAACCACUGAAGACAGUCACAGAAGUGCCUUGUCUGAGCUGCAGAAACUACAAGAGGAGAUUAAUCAGGCCAAUGUGCUGAAGCUACAGCUGACCACGGAGACAGCAGCCGUUAAACAGUGUCUGCAAGAGAACAAGGCAGCACUGAAGACGAUGACAGAUGAUCUGGGAGAUUCCAAGGAUCGGCUGCAACAAGUGAAACAGGAGAUUCUCAAUGGCGCCAAGAAGCGAGAUGGGCUGCUGUCAGCGCAGCUAACACUGAAGGAGGAUCUAAACCACAGCAAAAGGAAGUACCAGACGUGGGUGGAGCACGGGGCGAGGAAAGAGGAGGAGAUGGCACAUUUACUGCAGAGGAUAGAGGAGCAACAACAGGUUUUGCUGCAAGUGAAAAAGGACGUUAAAUGUGAGGAGGUGAAGCUGGAACAGUCGGUGGCUAAAGCGAAGGGCCAGCUGCAGGCACUGGAGGCCGAACUGUCCAAAAAGAGGGAUGAGAUGGAGGAGGUCGCUGGGAAGUUCAGUUCGCUGGAGGAACGAGGUCGGACACUGCGUCAGAGCGAGGAGCAACGGGAGGCCGUGGAGGAACAACUUGCUGCCUGCAGACAGGAGCUUCAGGAACAAGAGCAGCAGCUGGAGCAGAAGAGCGAGGAGUUGGCCUGUCUGUACAGAGAGAUGGAGAUGUCCACAGACAGACUGAGGCAUCUCGAGGGGCAGCUUCACUCCGAGAGGAAAUCAGCUGAGAAGCGAGUAUCAGUGUUGAAGGAGGAGCUGAAAGCUCAGCGAGCGCAGCUGGAGAGAGCCCUGAAUGAACAGAAAUACGAAAACAGUCGUCUCCGCAGAGACAUGUCCACGAUCGACCAGGCUGCACACGAGAACCACGAGCGGUCAAAGCGGGUCAUCAAGGAGCUGAACCAGACGAGAGGCGAAUACUUGGAGCUGCAGAAGCAGCUGGCAAGUCGGGAGGAAAUGGAGCACCGACAGAAGGAGAUAAAGGAGGCCAUACGAGGCCUUCGUUCGGAUGUCAAAGCAGAGAUCAGCAGUGGGCUGAGAGAGCUGGACCACUCCUGCGGGGACCUCGGGAGUGACGUGGAGGCUGUUUGCGAGGAGCAGGCGGCGCAGCAGCGCGACGUGGAGAGCCUGAAGGAGAAUUUCCCCUUCGCUGCCAAUGAAGGCCGACACCCGACCUACGAGGAGAGGCGGAGCCUCAGCAAGUUCAGCAUCAAGGAUGAGCAGUGGCGAGGAGAGACGCUCCGGGAGAGGCUGCAGCAGCAGGAAGAUCACCUGAAGGCGCAGAUCCGGAAGAGCAUGUCCAAACAGGCAGAAGCACUGUGUAAGGGGAGGCAGCAGACAGAGGGCAGCCUGAGCAGUCUGAAGAAACGCGUGGAUGCCCUGGACGAGCUUGUGGGCAGCACCUCCACUGACUCCAUACCCCAGUCCCAGGCCACAGCUAAUGACAGAACGAACAGGUCUCCGCUACACGGAAUAUUCCGAUCCCCGUUCAGAAGAGGAGGCGUCACUGGGGCCCACCAUCAACACACAGCCGCAGGAGAAAGUUGGUGAAGCUGCUCACCUGUUGACAAGUGGACCCCAAAAUGGCUAGCGUUCCAUUAACCAAGGGAGUAUUCAGGGUAACCCACCCACCUACCUCAGACAUUGUGGUGUCUCUGAGCUGAGCUGUGGGCUGGAGUAUUCACUGCAUUCUCACUGCACCCGUCAGCGUGGAAGCCACAGGGUGAAACUGGCUGGGAUUGAUUGCAGAGAAAGUGGAUCAUAUGACAUCUCUAGAAACUGGUCUCUGCUGGUAUUUUAUAUUUCAAUGCACUGUGGUUUCUAUUUAAUUGUCCUUACAUGAUUACUGAAUUCAUGAGCAAACUUGUACAUUGCUGAUUUUUUUUUACAUUUGGUGUUUCUAAAUUAUGUAUUUUAUAUAUUAAAGAUUCUACA